AUGGCUUUCAACCUCGCCGCAAGGCAAGCAUUCCGUGCCGUCGCACGUACCUCUCUCGCCGCACCUGGUGCUCAGUCAGUACCAAGAGCGCUCGUCAUCGCACCUUCCUCCGUCCGCUUCCUUGCCACGCCGCCUUCCUCUUCAAAGUCAAAAAUUUCAAAAUCAUCGCCGGCAUCGCCAGCUGCUCAGCCAGACGCCUCCACAUCCGAGUCGACCAACCAAGAUGCACCAUCCACACCCGCACAACCACAAGUUGAGGAGCCCGAGCUUAAUCCACGCAAAGGAACGUCGCUCUUCGAUAUUGAUACCUCUGCUACUCCCCUUGCAUCGCAGCUGAUCGAAGCAGAAGAAUCUGCUUCUGGCUCCGGAGGCGCUGGUGGUAAAGGCGGCAGCACGGGCGCUAAAGCCAAAACCGGCGCACGCAGCAUGUCGUCGAUCGAAAAGCGUCGUCAGAACACGGUGCGCAUCCUCAGUGGCUUGGUCCUCGUCGGCGCCGGCCUCUCCGCCUACAACCUCGGUCGUCCCUGGGACAACGAACUGGAAGCCAACCGAUUCGCCGACUCGCCCGACGCCAGCUCAUUCCUCGGGCGCAUCAAGCUCCGCGUCGGUGCCAUGUACGAAGACUUCAACAAGCCUGUCUUUGACCAGCUGCUUCCCGACCCUUUGCCAUUCCCUUACUCCCGUCCAUUCACGAUGGUGAUUGAUCUGGAUGACCUGCUGGUGCACUCGGAGUGGUCGCGCGAGCACGGGUGGCGUACGGCUAAGCGCCCUGGAUUGGACUACUUUUUGGGCUACCUUUCGCAGUUCUACGAAAUUGUGCUGUUCACAACUCAGCCGUUCUUCACUGCCGGGCCCAUCAUCGAGAAGCUGGACCCGGAUCGCCGGUUCAUUGCGUACACACUGUUCCGCGAAUCGUGCCGCACCGUGGACGGCAAACCCGUCAAGGAUCUCUCGCACCUCAACCGCGAUCUCUCGAAAGUCGUCGUGGUCGAUACCAACCCUGACUCGUUCCAACUGCACCCGGAGAACGGCAUCCUCAUCAAGCCCUGGAAGGGCGACAAAGCGGACCGCGAGCUCGUCGGGCUGGUACCGUUCUUCGAGGCGAUCGGGAUCUACAACAUCGACGACGUGCGCACGACGAUCAAGGCGUACGAAAACACGCACAUCCCCACGGAGCACGCGCGCCGCACCGCCGCCAUCCGCGAGCGAGAACUGGCAGACAACAAGGCACGCGCCGAACGCAUGGGCAAGUUCGGCUCCGUCUUUGGCGGCGUCUCGCGCAGUCCCAACGCCGGCCUGCCUGCAGACAAGACCAUCUAUGACCUAGAGCGCGAGAGGUACGUUCAGGCCUACUUGGAGGACCAAAAGUACUGGGCCGAGAACGGCGAGGCGCUCCGCAAGCAGGCCAAGGAGGAACAGGAGCGACAGAUCCGCGAGAUGAAGCUGAACACCUGGGGUUUCUUCACCAGCGGCAUGAAGGGCGGCGCUCAACAACAGCCAGAGCAGCCGCAGGAAGCGGCAGCCAAGUAG